AUGCGGACUUUGAUUCUUUUAUUUCUUUUUUAUCCCAUGGCUUUUGGAGUUUUGAAAUUUGUACAGAUUUGGUUCCGACACGGUGAAAGGACUCCUGGCCAUUACAUAUACUUCCCAGAGGAUGACAAAAAUAACACUGAAUGGCAACAAAUUGCUUGGCCUGGAGAGCUUACAAAGAGAGGAAUUUAUGAAGAGUUUAAACUUGGAAAAAGGCUGAGAAAGUUGUAUGGAGAUCAUUUUGGAGACACUUACAGACCUAAUGACUUCCACGUGUACACCGGAGUAGACAAUCGAACUUCUGCUUCUGCUCAAGCCAUGUUUGCCGGUUUCAUGCCACCGAAUAAAGAUCAACAAUGGAGUCCCGACCUCCUCUGGCAACCUAUCGCCCAAGAAACCGACGCUUCCAUAGAUUGGGUGUCUCUUGGUGCCAUUGAUAAUUGUCCUGUCUACGGAGAAAACCAACGACAAUCAUCUGAAUACGCGGGGGUUAUGGAGAAAAUGGGAGAAUAUGACCCAGAGUUAUUGGAGUUGGUUAGAAGUCAUGCAGGGGAACCAAUCACUGAGGCAGUCACAUAUAAUCAUGUGAUUGACUCUCUGAAAGUUCGGUACAUCCUUCAAGACAAAAGACUACCGUAUCCGACGUGGGCUGCAGGAUUUGAAAAUCGUAUUUUGAAUAUGAGUUUUUUGAUUCACGAUGCCAUUGUGAAAAUUCAAAACACAACUGUAGGAGAUUACCAUAACGAACUGAUAGUGUCAUACUUUGAAACCCAUCUCCUGAAAAAUAAAACAAAAGGUGUUUUCGUCAGUGGGCAUGACACGAAUCUUGUGACUAUCUGGGAAUCCUUAAGAUUGGAUGGUCAUCCAGAGGAUAUCCCUAACUACGGAGCUCAUAUUGCAAUUGAAAUGCAUGAAGACUACGGUCAAAUUUCACUGAAGUUUUUCUUGGCAAUGGGCUUCAACCAGACAAGAGUUGAACUGUUCCCACAUUUUUGCUCACGGAGUCAAGCCGGUGGAUGCGAAUGGGAAGAAUUUAAAGCACUAACAUUGAAAUCUCGAAAACCGAAAUCCGACUGGAUUUAUGAAUGCCAAGGCUAUGAAAAAUCAACAGAACCGGUGUCGACUCUGACAGGUUCCAUGAUAGUUUUAUUAUCAAUUCUCCUACUCUCAACUAUCAUUCUCGGAUUUACCACUUUCUCCUACAAACGACAACUCAACAAUCUUCGUGAUCCAGAAAGAACUCGUCUCUUAUAA